AUGGCCAGCUCAAGGCAAAUCCCACCCAGCAAGAUGCCGGGGCCGGAUUUUGCGUCAUCGCUCCCCUCGUCCUUCAGGACAGGGUCGCCCAUCGCGCAGGAAAUAGUGGCAAGAGACAUUGCCGAAUGCUCAGAAGACGGUAUCGUCAACGACGCAUUCCGUGACGGGUCUGAGUCGGACACAGAAUCCGAGGAUGGUCCCACGCUGUAUCGGCAGCCCGUAGGUAUUGCCUUUGGCUAUCGACGACCCAGCCUUCUCCCUGAGCCUUUGGAGGAACCGGUCCUCACCAAAGUGGAGAAGAAGCAGUCCCGGAAUGAGGAGCGCAGUUUGCUUCGGGAUAACCACAUCCUGCCUCCUAAACAUGCCGUGGAAGCGGAGCCCAGUCGUUUCACGAGCAUGUACAAUCGGUUGUUCAGCACCAAAGUCCGCAAGACGCCAGGUGGUGACGAUGUUCCCCAGAUCACGGUAGAUGCUUCUGAGACUUCGCCGCUCCUGCCAGGCGGGGGAACUGCUGGUGCUCUUCCAGAAGAGCACCUGACCGAGCAAUGGGAGGCUGCUGUGGCGUCUGGCAAGAUCCAGACUACAUGGCAGAGGGAGGCCAAAACUCUUACCGUUUAUUCUCGGUCUCUCAUCGUCACUUUUGUUCUGCAGUACAGCGUCAACAUUGCCAGUAUUUUUGCUGUUGGACAUAUAGGCAAAAUUGAGCUGGGCGCUGUUAGCUUGGCUUCCAUGACCGCCAACAUCACAUGCUACGCUCCAUUUCAGGGGCUGGCAACAAGCUUAGACACCCUCUGUGCACAGGCGUAUGGCUCCGGUCACAGACAUCUCGUAGGCUUGCAGUUCCAACGGAUGACGUACUUUCUGUGCACCCUCAUGAUCCCCGUCGCUAUGCUGUGGGUUUUUGCAGAGGACAUUCUACUCAAGAUCAUUCCAGAGCCUCUCUCGGCCGAACUGGCUGGUCUUUAUAUGAAAAUCAUAAUCGCCGGCCUUCCAGGUUUCAUUUUCCUGGAAAGCGGAAAGCGGUUCGUCCAAGCUCAGGGGCUGUUUCACGCGACCACUUAUGUUUUACUAAUUGCCGCUCCCAUUAACGUUUUCCUCAAUUGGCUGUUGGUCUGGUAUUUGGGCUGGGGAUUCGUCGGUGCACCCAUUUCCAUAGCCAUCACACAGAACUUGAUGGCGGUAUUAUUACUGCUCUACGUCAUGUUUGUGGAUGGGUCGCAGUGCUGGGGUGGGUUCAAUUCGAGAGCUCUGACAAAUUGGGGGCCAAUGGUCAGGCUCGCGCUCCCAGGCAUGAUUAUGGUUGCGGCCGAGUGGCUAGCUUUUGAAGUGUUAACUCUAGUGGCCUCUCAGUUUGGCACGUCAUACUUAGCCGCCCAGAGCAUCUUAGUCACCCUGACGAGCACCACCUUUCAAAUUCCCUUUCCAUUAUCCAUCGCCGCCUCGACGCGCGUCGCAAACCUCAUCGGGGCCAAGCUCGUCCCGGCCGCCAAGACGUCCGCCAAAGUCGCAUUUGGCGGCGCCUGUUUGGUUGGAAUCUUCAAUAUGACCCUGCUCUCCAGCUUGCGGUACCAGCUACCCUUGCUCUUCACCAAGGACGAGGAGGUCAUCUCCAUCGUGGCCAAAAUUAUGCCGCUUUGCGCGUUCAUGCAGAUUUUCGAUGGCUUGGCCGCCAUGUCUCACGGAUUGCUACGUGGGAUAGGAAGGCAGCAUUUUGGGGGGUACGCGAACUUGAUCAGUUACUACUUGAUCGCUUUACCCAUCUCUUUUGCUACCGGGCUGGGACUUGAUUGGAAGCUCGAGGGACUCUGGCUCGGGGUGACCAUUGGUUUACUUGUGGUUGCGGCAGUUGAGUUUUGGUACAUAUGUGUCAGUGACUGGAAGCAGUCGGCGAGAGAGGCUGAGCGUCGUAACGCGGCUGGAUGA